GUUUGACCAUACAUAACGCGUCUCUUGAAAUAUGAAUGUGUAUAUAAACAAAACAGAGGAACCGAGAGAACAUCACAAAUAAACUUCAAAGUACAAAUUCCAUUUCGAUUUUAAAACUUUUGAGAAGACGAUAUACAAUAAUGAACGGAACAUCGUGGGCUGACCAGUGGGACAAUAGCGGCGACUCUGCCAAAGGAGGCCGAAUCGGCAGCGGCGCCGUCGUGAGAAGCAGCGGAAGUGGAGCAACGUCAAACACGACCAAGUACAAGGAGAAAAUGGGACAAGGGUUAGACAAAACCAAAGCUGUAGCUUCUUCUGGUUUUAAGAAGCUCAAGACUGGUUCUGCUAUUGGUUUUCGUUGGGUCAAGGACAAGUAUCACAAAACCACACACAAACAAUAAAGAUUUCUGUAAACUCCUUUGUAUAUGAGUAUUAGUAAUUUAUUCACUUGCCAAAUACUGUAUUAUGUCUGAUCUAUAUUUUUCUAAGCUUGUUUGAUUUGAAUGCUUUGUUUACUGUGGUAAAUUGUUCGAGUUUGGGUGGGUUCAUGGAUUAAUUAAAUUGUUUUUCUCUUUAAUUUUUAAAUUAUUACAUCUAUAAUAACAACGAAUUAUCGUUUAGACAAAAUCAUAUUAUGCGAUUAAAUCAUAAAUAUAUAAAAAUAAGAAACGAUUUAUUUCGAAGUAUAUAACGUGUAAUUUUAU